UAUUACCUUUCCUUUAUGGUGGAGGGAGGCGUGAGAAACGCACUUAAAAGAAAAGAGAUAAUGCACAUACCCUGCUCAAGUGCAUGUCUACCUUUCCCCACUUUCCAUUGCUUUUCUUUUCAGCUAUUCAGAAUUUUUGAAUUGGAAUAUAUCAACUGCACAUGUACCUACAAACCUCAUAAAACAAACAUUUUAACCUUUUCUUUUUCCAUUCCUCCUCAUUCCAAGAACAUGAUGGCCUUCAAUAACAAACCCAAAAAAACCCAUCUCUCUUCUCACUUCAAUCUUUGCACUAGUCUCUUUUUCAUUGUUCUUUUCACUAUUCCUGCCCUUUUUCUCCUCCAUUCAUCUACAUCUUCAAUUUGCACAACUCUUUCUGUUCAUAAUUCCAGGUCAUGGUCUGGCGAUUUACGCAGUGCUGAGUUUGCAUGGAAUCGUCUUUCUUUUGUUGAAAAUCUUCCUCUUCCAGUAUUCAAGCUCAGGAUUGCUGUUUUCUCUCGCAAAUGGCCUAUUGGUACAACUCCUGGUGGUAUGGAACGUCACGCUUUUACUCUUCACACUGCUUUAGCUCGUCGAGGCCAUCAAGUUCAUGUCUUCACUUCUCCUGUUGAAGAAAGCAGCCAAUCUCAUACUUUGUCUUCUUCUUCUUCUUCUCCAAAGAUUCAUUGCCAUGAAGGAGAGCCAGGUAAGUGGAGAUAUAACAAAGCAUGGGAGCAAUUCGUCAAAGAAAACCAACGUGAACCUUUCGAUGUCGUUCAUUCAGAAAGUGUAGCUCUUCCUCAUUGGCUUGCUCGUAAUGUUCCAAAUCUUGCAGUUUCUUGGCAUGGUAUAGCACUUGAGAGUCUACAAUCUGAUAUCUAUCAAGACUUAACAAGAAAACCGAAUGAGCCUAUUUCGCCAAUCGUCAACCAAAGUCUUUAUGGGGUCCUACCCAAAAUUCUUAAUGAGAUAAGAUUUUUUAAGAAUUAUGCUCAUCAUGUGGCUAUAAGUGAUAGUUGUGGAGAGAUGCUAAGAGACGUAUAUCAAAUACCAAGUCAAAGAGUUCAUGUAAUUCUCAAUGGUGUGGAUGAAGAUGACUUUAGACAAGAUGUUAGAUUAGGCCUUGAGUUUAGGUCUAAGAUUGGUAUCCCACCAAAUGCUAGUUUAGUUCUUGGAGUAGCUGGAAGGCUAGUGAAGGACAAAGGGCACCCUUUACUAUAUGAAGCAUUUUCUGUGCUGAAAGAAAAAUACCCACAUGUGUAUUUAGUAGUUGCAGGGUCAGGACCAUGGCAGCAGAGGUACAAAGAUUUAGGGGCACAAGUUCUAGUUUUAGGGUCCAUGAGUCCAGCUGAAUUAAGGGCAUUUUAUAAUUCAAUUGAUAUAUUUGUGAAUCCAACCCUUAGACCACAAGGGCUUGAUCUAACUCUAAUGGAAGCAAUGAUGAGCGGGAAGGCAGUUAUGGCAUCAAGAUUCCCCAGCAUUAAAGGAACAAUUGUUGUUGAUGAUGAAUUUGGUUAUAUGUUCUCACCGAAUGUUGAAUCAUUGGUUCAGAGUUUAGAACUGGCGAUUAAAGAUGGAUCAAAGAGAUUAGCAGAAAGAGGAAAAGCUUGCAGAGAAUAUGCAGUUUCCAUGUUUACUGCCAAAAAAAUGGCAUUAGCAUUUGAAAGAUUGUUCUUCUGUAUCAAGAAUGAAACCUUUUGUACUUACCCUUGAUUAGCCGACAUAUACAUAUAUAAUUCUUUUUUUA